UCAUUCUCCAGGAAGAAAAGUUAGUGCGGAGACACAAGUUGUGUUUGUGUUUGUUUCUCUGUGGUCCUGAGUGUCCUGAGUGUCCUGAGUGUCCUGAGUGUCCUGAGUGUCCUGAGUGUCCGGGGCCGGUGUCAGAAUGUCUUCCUCUAGUGUCCAGAACAGACCGAUCUCAGCAAUUGCCUGGACUUCCAACAACUCCACAUGUCCCCCCCACUUUACCAUGAUUGCCACAACUGAAGAUGGAGCUGCUGCCAACUUCACCCGGGGCUUUGGUCUGAAAUCUGGAUACUUUCUGUGUUACAGCAAGGAUCUCUCAGGUGGAAUGAUGGUGUCUGAUGUUCAGGUGAUCUCUGACAAGGAUGUGAUUCCUCAUGGGUACUGCUACAUACCUGAGUUCAUGGAGUCCAAAUCCUCUGUGUGGAAGAAGAAGCGUGUGUGUGUGCGUAUUGUUCCUGUGGACAGUUUAGCAACCGCCGUCCUGGACAUCCGAGUAACGGUCAAGAGCAAGAUGAUGCUUCCACAGUACACCUGUCUGGGGGACAUUCUGGGAUACGUGCUGUGGUGUCUGAAAGGCACCUUCUCAUCUCCUGUUCCUCAGGUGAAGCCCCGCAGCCUGAGCAUCGACAUGCGACAGCUCUCACUGGAACCAGCUGCACCGCUGCCCCUCAGACCCAACAACCAGACGUCUCAAGGCCAACCGAAGGUCAGCCGUCGCCGUAGCAACCUGGAUCGUACAGAGACUGAUCGCACAGAGAAGGUGCACGAUGGAAGCAGCAUUUAUGGCAUUACAGCGAUGGAUGGAGUUCCUUUUGCUCUUCAUCCCAAAUUUGAAAAUCGAGUCAUCGAGAAGGUGUCCAUCUCCGCUCUGGAUAACAUUCGGAUUAAAUCACUACAGGAUAUAGAGAAUGAGUAUAACUACACGUUUGCAGUAGAAGAAGCUGCCAGGAUUCCCCGCUCCUAGGUGAUAACACUGCCGUAAGCCCCACCCACUUCCCUAAGCCCCACCCACUCACCUGACUACAUCCACUUUCUCCCAGACCGCCUGCAUUACUCAAGAUGACCAAAGUUAAAGUUUUCCCAACUUUUGAAUGACAGACUUUAUUACCGGUGCUGAAGGAUGUGAAUGUCUUUAUAAAGUAUAACCAGCUUCAGGUCACUGUGCUCUGUGUGUGUUCAGGAUUCAUCCUGGGACCAUUUUUAAUUGUUUGUACUGUAAUGUACUGUAUGGUUGCCAGAUUGGGGGAAUUUACAAUCUAAAAGGUUUUUAUAUACCUCUACAUUGGGAAAAUAUAAUAUGGGGAAAUCUUUGGGAACAAAAUCUUUAAUUCUGUAAAAAAAAUGAACUAAUAUUAUUAUGACUUAAACCAAACGUUUGUUUAUUAUGUGCUAAAUUGUUAUUUGUGUUUGUUCUCAUGCUAAAUCUGAUUGGUCAGAAAUGAGGAGUUUCAGUAGCACAUCGCAGAAUAAUCUCCUGCAUAUUACAUAUGAGAACACUGAUAUUAUCUCACUUCUUACACACCUACUAGUUAAAUAAUUAAUCUGACACUAAAUAUGGAUCUGAUCUGAGCAUCAGACUAAACAAUAAAAACUUAGUUCAUUUCCGUAGCUCAGAUGUGUUCGGUUUGAUCCAGAAUAAAAAUAGUCGUGUGGCUUAUCUGUGGAAAGUUACUCAGCUGAUUAUUAUUAUUAUUAUUAUUAUUAUUAUUAUUAUUAUUAUUAUUUCAGAUCUAAAAAACAAACCUCUAAACACAUUCCGUCUGUGGAACAGACUUCAGCCAGAAUUCCUUGUAAUGACACCUUUUUUUAUAUUUUAUUUUAAUGAAAUGUGCAGACUUUAAUUCUUUAUAACAUUAUGUUUAACAUUAUACUAUAAUAUACUGAUAUGUAAAGAAGGAAAAUGUAGCGCAGAAAACAAAAACCAGUAAUUGUGUGUGUGUGUGUUUGUGUGAGAUGUAUUUUUAUCAAAUAUUAAGUGAUGGAAAUGGCUUUUUUUUUCUUUCUUUAAUGUAUUUAGAUGGUUUAAGAUCCUAAUCCUGGAAUGUAUCAUUGUGUUUGGAUUGAAAUCUGGUGUCAUCAAAAAAUUCACAUAUAAAAAUGUGUUUAAUAAAAAACAAAACAAAACA